AUGUGGAUCGUUUAUCUAACAGUCGCAAUUGGCUUCCUGUUUGCCAUCGUCACGCGGGAGCGUUCGCGCCGCGCUACUAACGGCCUGCCGGAAGGCCCUCGGGGCUACCCUUUAUUAGGAUGCUACACCUUCCUGAAAACAUAUCCUGAGCGAACACUGCAUAGGUGGGCUCAAAAAUACGGAUCGCUUUACUCGUUUAUGGUCGGCAACCAGCGCUUCGUCGUGGCGUCAGAUCUUGACAUUGCGAAAGAUCUCUUUCUUAGUAAAAGAUCUAUCUGUUCCGAUCGCAAAGAAACCUUCGUCAAGAGCCAGACAAUACUCAAGGGCAGGGGUAUCACGUCCACUUCGUACGGGGCCAUAUGGCGUAGACAUCGCAAGAUAGCGGUAAUCUCGUUAGAGCGGCAAGACGUCAACCAGCAUAUUGGCGUCCUCGACUCGCAGACAACCAAAAUGAUUCGAGCGCUGUACAAAGCCAGUGCAGAUGGCGAGCAUGUAAAUCCCGAAGCGCACAUUAAUCGAUGCUCGCUCGACUGCAUGCGCGCAAUCACAUUCGGCUCUCUUGGAAUUCCUGCCACGGAUUCACAAGUCCUAGACCUCUCGCGCAAGUUCAUGACCAUGACUGGCCCUAUGACCAACCUAGUUGACUUUCUCCCCUCAUGGCUACAGAGAAACGUCCCAUGGGAAACGAAGCGUCGCGGGAAGGAACUGCACGCCACACUCGUAGACAUAUACGGUCGUCAAGUCAAGCGGAUUCAGCAUGAUAUAGAGAACGAUGUGCAUGUCGAGAAUUGUUUAGUCAAAACCAUGAUUACUAGGCGAGAAAGAGACCAGCUAGAUGAUCUAGACAUGACCAUGCUGGCCUCGGCAUUUAUGCUGGAUGGCCGCAAUAAUACCUCUCACCCUCGCGUACGACAGAGGGAUCAUGAAGAACUUGACCGCGUUGUUGGCCGCAGCCGCCCUCCCAAUCUGGGAGACGAAGCCAGUUUGCCCUAUUGUCGGGCCAUUGUGAAAGAGUUGGAGCGCUGUCACAAUCCAUUCUGGCUGGGUGUUCCACAUGCGGUGAGCCAAGACCUCGUGUACAACGAUAAGCGUAUUCCAGCAGGGUCGGCCCUGAUACUGAAUACGUGGACCAUGCAUCACGAUCCAGCAAGAUGGUCCAACCCCCUAGAGUUCAAUGUAAUUCAUCCUUGCUCUCGUAAGAACAUCAUGCCUGACCGCUACCUCAAUGAUGGCCUUUCUUCUAUCGAGUCCGCAAGACUGGCUAAUCCGCGUAUGCGCGAUCACUGGACCUUUGGGGUUGGUCGACGUAUCUGCCCUGGAAUACUCGUUGCCCAACGUGAAAUUUGGCUCGCCGUAGCAAAGAUGCUAUGGGCAUUUGACAUGGCAGAAGUGCCAGGCGAGCCUAUCGACCUGAGCAAGUACAAUGAUGUUAGUGGACGGAGCCCUAUUCCAUUCAAGAUUUUGCUUCGGCCUAGGUUCAAGAAAGUCGACGAGGUCGUGGCUAAAGCCGAGGCAACAGCUGAUUGGGCUGCAUGA